CGGAGCGACGGAGGUUCUCCUCGUGUCUACCGGGGGUGAUGUGUUACGCUGUGUUCCCUGAUUUUGAUUUUUUUUACCAUAAUCCGUCGUUUCGGUCGAGUGAAACAGGAUUUGUAGAGUCGCCAAAACAUUCGCUCGUUCUUGGAUCAGCGAUCAGAGCGAUCUCGCGUUGACGUCGUUAAAGGUCAAACGAAAUUGGAUACUGUCACCCCGUGAAGGGAAAGAAGAAAGCCAGCCCGUGAAAUAUCGUAAAAGCGAAUAAUUGCUCGUAAUAUUUUCAAGAGAGAGGAAAAAAUAUAGGCGUGAAUUAGUGUGUGCAUGUGCGCGGGAGAUGAUACACGUCAAAAUGUUAUACCGAGUAUUUGCACAUGAACAAAGAGCAUCAAAUGAAAAAGAGACUGAAAUCAAUAUUUAAUCGUCUUAGACUUUGUAGACCUAUAUAUUCUCCCUUUUGAAAUCGUAUGAUAAAUCGAAAAGAGACGACAAGAGUUAUAUACGAGAGGCAAUCGUACAAUCAACAAUGUUAUACGUUCACACAUCUUGAUUUAGAUUAUUUGGAAAGACGUGGUGGCGAAGCCUUGGGGAGUGACAAUGUUGACAGCGGCACCAAAGAAGAAGAAAGUCCCGCCGAUACCCUGGAUAGAGUGAAGAUCGUUUUUCUCGGUGCACCAGGAGUUGGAAAAUCUAGCAUAAUUAGACAAUUCGUUUGGAGUGAAUUUUUCGAGGACUACAGACCGACGGAAAAACGUGAAACGUUUUAUCCGAGCGUCGUUCUCGCGGAACGGCUCUACGAGCUUAAGAUAACUGAUCUCCCAACGAUACCAUAUUUUCCGGUGAGCACGCAUCUCGAAUGGACGGAUUUUCGUUACUAUGGACUGAGAAGCGCGACUGCCUAUGUUCUAGUCUUCGAUUUGAGCAACCAGGACACUUUCCAAUACAUAAGGACGCUGCGGGAGCAAAUAUACGAGGCACGAGACAUGAGAGGUGUACCUUUGUUAGUCGUCGGAAAUAAGCAGGACAAACUGUCGAGUGCCGUUGCGGCCGGUAACCGAUACAGAGACAUCGUUAAUCUCGUAAGGAAACACUGGCGUUGCGGAUAUGUUGAGUGCAGCGCCCGAUUCAACUGCAGAGUUGUCCAGGUUUUUCGGGAGAUUAUGAAGAGUAUUCAGGCGGUUGAGGGUAGGCCACCCUCGCCGAAUCCGAUGCCAUGCCAACCGAUGAGAUCCCAAUCUCGAGAUCCGAACGACAAGUGUGUGCUUCUUUGACAUCAGCAACAACGAGACAAGAAUCGUCCGGACGAUGAAGACAAAUCGAAGGGACAAAGCGUUCAUCCGCUGAAGCAGACUGAAGGGCCAAAGGUCAAUUGCUCCAAGCUCCGAGGUAAAACGAACUUAAAAUUUAGCACGAAGCAACCACCUUGAGAGUGACGAGAAAAUAUACAUCUCGUGUAUAUUCUUUUGAUAACGAUUUCAAAUGGAUAUCGAAGCGCUUCGUUCUUCGGUGGCCCGCGUAAAAGAGCCAGCAACAAAAACACUAUACACGUUCCAUUAUUGAACGUGAUACGAUAACUCGGAUGAAUAUUUACUUUUUUACCAUUUUUUUCUCAUUUCUAAUCGUUUUUUCGGAACUGCGAGAAAAUUUUAUGAAUUAGGGUGUAUUGUACUUGAAAUGUUUUCUUCAUUUCGUCACCCUGAAUCCUAGAGUAUACUGCGUAUACGCAAUUGAAUAUAAUGCGUACCACGGCCUAAUAGAGACACAUGCGCCAAAGGGAAUUUCGCCCAGCUCAAACAAUAGUACCUAUACUCAUUUUAUACUAAUCAUUGGAAAGGGCUCUGAAUCUAUUAUUAAAACCAACGCGCAUUAAUCAUUAGAAUUUAAGUCACUCUAAAUAUCGACGGUUUUUCAAAAUUUUAUGAUUAUUGGCGAAGGGGCUCGUGACGAUCGGAUCGCUAACGUUAUUAUUAAAAUGGAAUUUUCAGAAUGUGCGUACCGUACAAUGAAUUUAAUUGACGAAAAUUACAAUAUUUUUCAAAUCUCUCACUUUCGAUGGAGCGGCUAAAUUCUUUCAUUCAUGCUCCCCUCAUUACCAUUUUUCAUUCUACGUCGCUUUCAUCGAAAGAGAACGAGAUUGUAAUACCGUGGGAGGAGGGGGGAAGGACGAUGGAAGGUGCUCGAUGUAAAAUGAAAAAAUCGAUUUUCUUUUGUUCAUUCAAAGUCAUGUAUUCUUUAUCACGUUUAUCAGAAAAGUACAACCACGUGCCAAUCGAUUAUCAGUCCGAUUGACCCGCGACUGCAACACUUCCAGCAGAAACUUAAACUAUUCUCCAGAUUAUCCGCGCGGUCACUCAUCCGAGUCGCUGAAGAGUCAUCAAAUAUCGUAGAUAGCAUAUACUUGAAAACGAACAAGAUGAAUAGUUUUUUCUGUAGUUUUAAGGUUGACGAUGAUAAUCAUUCGAUCGACAAGAAAAUGAUAUCGAUCGAACAUAUGUAAGUGAUAUGCGGGAAAGUGGAUUGUUAAUAUAUAUUCUUUAUAUCCCGAAAACAAAGUGUACGAAGCCAUGGAGCUGAAGUAGCCAAGUUUUUUGGAUAAAAUGCUACAUGUACCCUAAUGAAUUUUCAUGAAAAAUGGUUCGAUUAUUGUUCGUCGAAAACCCAAUAAGAAAUAGAAGCAUGAAAUAGUUACGAAAAUAAUAAAGAUGAGUAAAUCUCUCUUGUCAAUAUAGGGGAGGGUGGGGCACGACGGCCCCCCUUAAAUUACGGGCUCAAGGAGCUCUAGUACAAUAGAUUCAAUGUAAUGAUUCGUAUAAUGAUCGUUAGACCAAAAAUAUAUUUCCGCAAUGCGAAAACAUCAUGCCAUACACAUUCGUCGAUAGGUUCACCUUAGUAGUCGUUCCUAAAUGAAUUUAUUUUGUUUGAACCAUCAUGUUCGAACGACAAGCUCUCCUUCUCUGCGAUAAACUUAUGCGAAAUGCCUUUAAUGUAUUUAUAUAAUUGGAAACACCGAAGUAUUCUCACGAACGAAACUGCCUUCAUACGAAUUUUCCACGAUCGAUGGUUUUUUUAUUCCCACUUGAAUAUUUCUAAGCUACGUGUGAUGGCCAAGAGUGAACUUGGCGUUGUUGAAAAAAUGAACUUUCCCUGCGAUUAGCUCAUUGUCCUUACUCAUUUCGUGCGAAGAUAAUAAUUAAAUAAUUCAGGCCCAAAUGUUUUCCGCUUCGCACAUAUUAUUAUUAUUAUUUUUCUAUUAUUGUUGUUGUUGUUGUUGUUAUUAUUAAUGUUAUUAUUAUUACUCUUGGUUUUGUAUUAUUAAGAGGAUCGAAGAUCGUCUCGCGACUACCGAAUCGAAAGGUUGAAAUUUGUAAAUGAUGUGUAAUAAAUAGUAUUAAUAUAUAUAUAGGAUAUAUAGGAUAUUGUUGACGAAGAAACCGUACGAACUAUUAUUUCAAGAGUUAAAAGUCUCUUGUUGUGAUUUAAUAAAAAUGAGAAUGAAAUAAACGAAA